GUUAGGGUUUCAAUUGCACAUCUGGUGUUAAGGGGACGGCGCCAUUGUAUUGCCACGGCUUCGCAGAAGAAUAGAGGACCAGUGGUUACAAUAAGCUGCAGCAAGAAGAGGGCGUUUAAGCGGACCAAAUGUUCUCUGUGUUGGGAGCGGAAGAGUCAAGGGGUCUGAGAUCCAGAGAAUCGACCAUUGUUAGGGAGAGAGAUACGGAGUGGGAAAAGUAUCGGGGGAGGGAUGCUUAUUCUUUUUGCAGGUCUGAAGCGGAGGAGUUGUCCAUCGGCGGCGGCGAAGCGAGAGGGGAGUGCAGACGUCAGGUUCUCUUGGGAUCAAAGGUCGUGUCAGUAUGCAAAGAAUGGAGAUUCAGGCAGAUGCAGUAUAGACUUCAGACGGGGGAAGGAAGCAAGAAAUGGUUCGUGGUGCUCAAUAACGAGCUCAUCUCUUGGCUCCACGGAUGUUUACAGACAGCGGAAAUGAAGGAGUGGUUAUUCCCAAAGUCUUGCAUUAAGAAAAGCGGUUCGUGAUCUAUCCAUAUUGGUAGAGGAAGUAACCGUCGGGGAAUGUUUUUACAGAUUUCAGAGCAAUCCAGGAGGAACAGAUACUUCAAAAUUAAUAUCCCUGCAACAGGAGGCGGAUGGGCGCCGUUAACAAGAUUACUUCAGGAUUUUUACACUUACGAGCUUCUCUCGAGAAUUCCUCUAUCAAGAGCGGUGGCUCAAUCCGUUGGCUUCAUCUUCCGGGGACCGAAGUUUGAAACUUUGCAGCAAGUCUUACGUACGCCGAAGCAAUUAAAGGUACUGGGUUUU